AUGCAUGCUACGCGUGCUACACUGACUUAUAUUCCUGAUACAGUUCUAUCAUCAAUUAUUCUCUCUACAAUCGACAAUCGUUCAAAAUUAAUUCAACACGAUGAGAACGGACGGAUCUUUCUUGAUUUUCCGCCUGUUUUGUUUAAAUAUGCGUUGGAACAACUGCGUCGUUGGAAGAAUCGAGGUAAUAUGUCGGCUGAUCGAGAGAUUUUACCACCUUCAUGGCAUGUUAAAAACGAAUUCGAUGAAAUGCUCGUUUCACUCGGCUUAGCUGAAUACAAACAAAAUUUACCAAUUGAAUAUACGAUCUAUAAUGUUAGUGACGAUGCAACACGUCGCGUCGGUACAGGUGGAGGUAUGCUUUGUGAUCGAGAUCUUGUUGGUUGGAUCCGCUUUAUUGAUCGAGCUGGUAAUACGAUUGUUCGGCAAGCGCCAGCCAUAGGGUGUGGUGGUCAGAAAUCUGGUUGGCUACAAGGUACUUAUCCCACAGAACCUUGGACAACGACACUUAGUACUUUGUGUUACACAGAUGAAAUGCGCACACCUUGUCGAGCUUCGAUUCCGAUUCGUACCACACAUUGUGGUAAUUUUCUAGUCUUUAAAUUGCGUUCGCCACCAUUUUGUCCAGCACGUGCUUGUACUGAUGAUUAUAAUCUAAAUUAA